AGCAGAUUUCAGCUCAAAGCAGCGAACGCGGGUGCCAAUUGUCACCAGUCUUUGGCAACAGGCAAUGGCAGAAGUCAUGGUGUUGAGGUUCCGCAACAGCUUUAUCGAUAUCGCUGAUGACACACAUUUGGGUGCUCAGGCACGUGCCAGCAGUGCGCCGCCACUGACGCACUGCAGCUUUGAGGGUGUGUUGGACCUGGAGCAGGAGAGCAACUAUGUGGACAUUUUGAGCGCACAGCUUGGAUCAGAGGCAAUGUCUGCGUGGAGGCCUCUUGAGGAAAAGGCCUCUUACAACGCAGUUGAGGAUUUUGCAGGUCGCGAGCCGCCAAGCAACCUUGCUCCGACAGAAGGUGCAACUGAGCCGGAGGCCAUUGAAGAAGCAGGAGGCGCGCCCAGUGGAGGCAGCUUAGGGCAUCCACAGGUGUGCAACCGCCCCUGUAUUUACUUUGCGGCCGGAAAUUGUGCGAGUGGCGCGGGUUGCAGCUAUUGCCACGUAGAGCACACGGAGAAGACAGGCAAGUUGGACAAGCGACAGCGGCAGCUGCUUCAGGAGCUCAGCAAGGGACAAGUCAUGGGCUUGAUCUACAAGCCCUGCAAGGAAAGGGCAGAAGACGCUGGUUUUCUGGACAAAGCUGCAGAAAUCCUCAAGCUGGUGCAGGAUGGUUCAACGCCUAUCAGUUUUGGAGAUAGGAGGUUGCUGAAGCCCUUGCAGAAGUUCAGCUUUGGGUGCAUGAUACGCCUAGUCAGCAAGCGUGAUGCUCAGCUAAGUGAUGCUUUGGAGAGGCUUCGUGAGUCCUUGGGCUAGGUGGCACUACACUGGCUUCAGGGGAAGAAUCUGCCCAUUUGACUCGGCUCCAGUCGACGAGUGAAUUUGCAGGACCUGGUCACAAGAAAGAACUAGGACCUACAGACUUGCGCGAGAAGUGCAUUUCAAGCUUCGUUGAUCUCGGCUCACGGUGGCUCACGGUUGUCGAAGAGCUGAGCCCAGAAUUGUUUGAAAAAUGGGGCUCAGAGAGGCGGCGACCGUGCCUAGCCUUGCGAGCUCACCUUCCAGGGCGAAGACCGAAAA